UUUCUAAAAAGCGUGAUGAAAACUUUAAAUAUUCUGAGAAAUCUAAAAUUGAUUUCUAUUCGGUUGGGUUAUUUUAAUAAAAUAUUUCUAAAAAAUGUGAUGAAAACUUUAAAUAUUUUGAGAAAUCUAAAAUUGAUUUCUAUUCGGUUGGGUUAUUUUAAUAAAAUAUUUCUAAAAAAUGUGAUGAAAACUUUAAAUAUUUUGAGAAAUCUAAAAUUGAUUUCUAUUCGGUUGGGUUAUUUUAAUAAAAUAUUUUAA